UAAAAACCCCGGGCACUCUUCAGUCUGAUGUCCUGUUGCUUCACGAGCAUCUCCAAGCCUCAAGCUCUACCUUUUCUCCACAGCGACAGAGAACAGAAAGAUAACAACCAUGAGCCACUCUUCAAUGCAUACCUCAACUUCCUACAGGCGCACCUUCGGGGGCCCACACCUCAUCUCCAUGUCCUCUUACUCCCCUGUAUCCUCCCGUAUGCCUGUCUCUUCAGGGGGGCGCUACGUGCGUUCAAUGUCACCUGUGGUUUCAUCCCGUUCCACCACCUACCACCAACAGCGUUCUCGCGGCGGUGCCCAGCCCCCUCGCCUCUCCUACGACAAGGUGGACUUCACCCUGUCUGAAGCCAUUAACCAGGAGUUCCUGACCACCCGCAGCAAUGAGAAGGCUGAGCUGCAGGAGCUCAAUGACCGCUUCGCCAGCUUCAUCGAGAAGGUGCGUUACCUGGAGCAGCAGAAUGGUGCGAUGCAGCAGGAGCUGAACCAGUUCAAGGGCCAGCAGCAGCAAGGUCAGCCCAACCGCGCCUCUGAGCUCUUUCAGGAGGAGGUGAGGGACCUGCGCCGCCAACUGGAUGCCUGUGGAAAGGAGAGGGACCAGUACCUACUGGAGAGGGACAACCUGGCUGAGGACCUGUCCCUGCUCAAGCAGAGGUUGGACGAGGAAACCCAGAAGAGGGCAGAUGCUGAGAACAACCUGGUUGCCUUCCGCAAGGAUGUGGAUGAUGCCACAUUGUCCCGUCUGGAGCUGGAGAGGAAGAUCGAGUCUCUGGUGGAUGAGAUUGAAUUCCUCAAGAAGCUCCAUGAUGAAGAAAUUCAGGAUGUGCAAGUGAGUGUCCAGACCCAGCAGCUGAAGAUGGAGGUGGAUAGCACUGCCAGGCCUGACCUAACUGGUGCUCUGAGGGACAUCAGGGCUCAGUAUGAGACCAUUGCCUUGAAGAACAUGCAGGAAUCUGAGGAGUGGUACAAGUCCAAGUUUAAUGAUCUGACUGAGUCUGCAAAGCGCAACACUGAUGCUCUGAGGCAGGCCAAGCAGGAGGCCAACGAGUCCAGGAGGCAGAUUCAGUCUCUCAACUGUGAAAUUGAAGCACUGAAGAACACGAAUGAAGCUCUGCUGAGGCAGAUGCGUGAAAUGGAGGAUCAGUUUGGCAUUGAGAUCGGCAACUACCAGGACAACGUAGGCAGACUGGAGGAUGAGAUCCGCCACCUCAAGGAGGAGAUGGCUCGCCACCUUCGGGAGUACCAGGACCUCCUCAAUGUGAAGAUGGCUCUGGACAUUGAGAUUGCUACCUAUCGUAAACUGCUGGAGGGGGAGGAGAGCAGGAUUACUGUUCCCAUCCUCAAUAUUGGGAUGAGCAAUCACCUUGGUGACCGAGACUAUGAACACACAGACUCCACCUCAACCAAGAGGACUGUGGUGAUCAAGACAGUUGAGACUAGAGAUGGAGAGGUGGUGAAGGAGUCAAGGAGGGAGAAGGAGAGAGAGUCAGCCCGCACUGACAAGGAUGACAAUGACGAGUAGAAAAAAAAAAUACUGCUAAGAAAAUGUGAAGGCCAGAGCCAUGAGAGAAAGAGAAAAAACCCCAACAAAACGAGGAAUAAAUAGAAAAAGCCAAACUCUGAUCCAUAUAGUCCCCAUUCCCACUAGUUAUGUGUUAAAUUGUCUCGCAGAGAGUCUCUCAGUGUUGGUGCAAUGUUGAAUGAAUUCUUUUUAGAGAGUGUCACUUUGGUGCUAUUUAAGCCACCCAACUUUUGCUAAACACUUGUGUCAUCUGUAGGGCUAAACAAAGCCACUUUAUUACCAUACCACUUGAGGCCUUCAUUUACAGUGCAAUCCCGUGGAAUCCUUAGACUACCACAUGUUUGUAGCAGAGUAUUAAACUACAGUACAGGCUGAAUUAGAGACUUUAAAUGGUGUCGUAGAUAGGACUUACUAUAAAAACUUUACAAACUACCCUUUGGUCAACAUACCUUAAAUGACAGAUUAAGAAUAACUUAACCUAUUUGCAUUUGUUUCAGAAGCUUUGCAAUCCUCUUGUAGCGCAAACCAACCAAUCACAAACAUGUAACACAUAGGAAAUGUUGACACUGAAAAUUUGACCAACUAAAAUCACCAACUUAAAAGACUUAUGCUGAAUGUGCUUUGCAAUGCUGUGUGUAUCUGGCACGAUUGAUGAAUGAAUAUGUAAGUGCAAAUAAACUCAAUUGGAGCAAAUCUG